GUCGUGUUCGGUUUAGGAAUUUUGGAGUAAUCGGAUGAAAAACGCGUUUAAAUUAUUGCAACAUUUAAAAAAAAAACUUAUAUAAAUUUUGGUUCCCUAUAUAUUGAAUUCGUCAUUUAUAUAUUAAACUCAAUGCAGUCAAUUACAAGUGGCAAAAAUACAUAUUAGUAACAAUACAGUAUUAGAAUUUGUUAAUACAGAGAAAUUCUAAUUGGAAAAAUUCCCAAGUGAUAAAGAAAGAAAGCGGCAAAAAAUUUUUUUUUUUGAAAAUUUGCCAACACACAUAAUUUAAGUUAUGCGAAUUCUAUAGAAAUUGUUGAAUAGAAAGAAAAAAAUACAUGUUGUGUUAAACAAGAGAAAACGAAUAAGUAAAUUAAAAAAAAGCAGCUAAAAAUAAAAAGCAAACAAUAAAGGAUUUUUCUUUCCAUGCACGUCACUAGUUGCGUUGUAUGUUUUGUGAUACAUAUUCGUGUGCAAAUUUUUUAAAUAAUAGUUUUUGUAGUCGUUGUAAACUGCUACAUAUAGAAAGAAAAUAGAGAAGAAUAAUAAAAAGAACCGAAGAUAAAUAAAUUAUUUUAUUUUUUGCAAAGUCUAUAUAUAAAUAACGGAUUUUUGCAAGAAUUGUUAUUCCUAAAAGUUUUGUUACAAAUCAAAGAAAAGUUACAACGUGAAUGUCUUCCGCAAGUAAUCAAAGACAAAAAGCUUCCUCACAGUAUCCCACGUAUCAGCCGAUACCACAAACUGUUGGCAGUAGCAUGGAUAAUCCAGCCAUGACACGCAGCACUAGCAGUGCGGGUGAAGUUAGUACGGACGAAUCUUUAGAUCGUAUCGCUGCCGGCAUUCUACCCUCCACUUAUUCAUCACAACAACUUAUGCCUCCAUGGGACAGUGACAGUGCGGAAGAUGCUGACAGAUUGCGUGGUGGGACAACACCAUCAACGAAUUGUGCGCCAGUAUCGGUCCGCAGUAUCACACGCAGUCAAUGGUUCACAGUCGGAGUAUUAUGUUUUGUUAAUUUAAUUAACUACAUGGAUCGCUUCACAAUAGCUGGUGUUUUGGAAGACAUACAAGUUGAUUUCAAUAUCGGUGAUGACGAUGGUGGCCUACUACAAACAGUAUUUGUUUUAUCCUAUAUGGUAUGUGCGCCGAUAUUUGGCUAUUUAGGUGAUCGUUACUCAAGGCGAUGGAUUAUGGCUGUAGGUGUACUGUUGUGGUCUACCACCACAUUGGUAGGCUCGUUUAUGAACAGUUUUGGCUGGUUUAUAACAUUCCGGGCGCUGGUCGGAAUUGGAGAAGCUUCAUAUAGUACCAUAGCACCAACAAUCAUUUCAGAUUUGUUUGUUCACGAUUUACGUUCAAAAAUGUUGGCAGUAUUCUAUUUUGCCAUACCGGUCGGUUCAGGUUUUGGUUACAUUGUGGGUUCGGAAACAGCUCAUUUGGCCGGUAAUUGGCGUUGGGCUUUACGUGUUACCCCUAUUUUGGGAAUUGCUGCUGUGAUAUUUAUUUGGCUGAUCAAGGAUCCAGAACGCGGUGAAAGUGAAGGAUCUCAUAACUUGGCUACCACCACCUACGGACAGGAUGUAAAAUAUUUAAUGAAAAAUAAGUCUUUUAUGUUGUCAACGGCUGGUUUUACAUGUGUAGCUUUUGUGGCUGGUGCUUUGGCGUGGUGGGCACCGAAAUUCAUUUAUCUCGGUCUUAAAAUGCAACCCGGCAACGAAAAUUUAAUUCAAAAUGACGUGUCGUACAAGUUUGGCAUGAUUACCAUGUUAGCAGGGCUAAUUGGUGUACCCAUGGGCUCAAUGUUAGCCCAACGUUUACGCGUACAAAUUGAGAAUUGUGAUCCCUAUAUAUGUGCGGCUGGACUCUUGAUAUCGGCACCCAUGGCGUAUAUGGCCAUAGUGUUGCCUCAGACCAGCUCAACAUUGUGUUUCCUGUUUAUUUUCGGUUCUCAAGUGGCAUUGAAUUUAUGUUGGUCUAUUGUGGCAGAUAUAUUGUUGUAUGUGGUCGUUCCUACACGCAGAUCAACGGCUGAAGCAUUCCAAAUAUUAAUAUCACAUGCUUUGGGUGAUGCUGGUAGUCCGUACUUAGUUGGAGUGCUUUCUGAAACAAUUAAAAAACAUUUACGCACAACUGCCCAUAGAGCUUCGGAGUUAGUGAGCAGUGGUAGCUUAGAAAGUUUAUCUUUAACACUGGGAGAAGUUUUUAAUUCAACAACAACCACAACAGAGCCAACAACAAUGUUGGUGCCCACAACAACCCUGUCAAUGCAGUCACAAAGCUUGGGAUUAGUAGAGGAUACUGAUCUAAUUAAAUUUGAGGCUUUACAAUAUUCUCUUUUCUCAACAAGUUUCGUUGAGGUUAUUGGUGGUAUUUUCUUCCUUAUAACUGCCGCUUUUAUUAUUAAGGACAAGAAAAAUGCUACUCAAGCUAUUCGUGAAGGUCAUCAAGCUGUGCCAGUUACUCCUGUUGACAUCAAUGAAAUUUCAUAAAUUUCAGUAUGAAAACAAAACACACUUUGAAUUGGAAUUCAAAAGAAAGAAAUAAUUUUAUCAUGUUCAAGUGUACAUUUAAUCGUCAAAUGUAUGCUAGAAUAUUGAUAUCGACUGAUGAUAAUAUUUUAUAUACAAUUAUAUAUAAAUAGAUUUAAAGAUAACAAAAACAACAUCAUUAACUAUUGAUUAAGUUACAAUUUCAUUGUUUAAACAUAUUGUUUCUACUCAUCUUGUGCUGCAUCAAAUGGGAUACUUAAAAGAUCAAACAUGAAUGCGUAUGAAUUUGUAUUGUAAAUUAUUAAGAAAUGAAAUGUAAAUGCUUUAGAAAUCCUAUAAUGAUUAGAUAACACAUUGAGCUUUAACUGGUAGAUAAAGUUAGAAACACAAAUGUUCGAGUGUGCCUCAGGUGCAUGUUCCUAAAAUGCAACAAAAACCUAUGGUUAGGAUUGGAAAGAGAAAUGUAAUGAAUACAUUAUUUAUUCAUUACUAUGAAUACAUUAAAUCAUUACUCAAAUAUCUCUUUUUUUAUUUUAAUUUAUCUCAAUUUAAGUUAAUUAUUUUUUACAACUCUAAAUAUAGUAUUUUUUUAUUUUUAUUGUUAUUUUAUAAAUUUCUUGUUUUUUUCCUUCUGUUUUAUUAUCUUUUAGUAUUGAUUAAAAAUAUUUGCCUGGCAUCAGAUACAGCCGUUUUUAACUGUAAUUCAGAAAAUAAUUUAGAAAUUAACAAAACAAAAACAAUAAUUGAAUUUAAUAUUGAAAAAGUUAAGGCUGGUGAUUAAUUUUUCAAAAAAACUGCUUUUGUUUGGCACAAAACUAUACAGAAAAUGUAUUUUUGAACUUCUGGUAUUCCAUGAAACAUGAAACUUAUAAUAUCGUUUUAAUUUAUAAUCCCCCCAUUGGGUUUAUUGGUUACUAAAUAAUAUUUGUAGACAUUUUAACUUUUGUUUUAUUUUUCGAAUUACUUUUUGAAAUGGAUUUGUAAAAAUAUUUGUAUUUAAUAGUAGUAGUUAGGAAAGGGCAAUUAUUUUUUUAAUUCUUUAGUUUUUAAUUUGUUUAUAUUUUGAAUAGCACCUCAUCAAUAAAUACUAGGCACAUUUCAAAACUUCAUAAAACAUUUACUUUCACUCACUAACCAGCCACUCAAUCACGACUUACCGCCAAUCAUAUUUUUUAUACAUACAUAAUAGUUUAAUGAAAAAUUUUAUAAAAACAUAAAAUCAAUAUUAUUAUGUAGUUAGUUCAUAAUUAAUGGCUUAAGAAAAUGAAAAUAAAUUAAAUACUUUUUAAUUAAAAAAGAAUAAUAAUAAAAUUAAACAAACAACUAAACAAUAAAGUAAAGCAAUUUGAUAAUAGAUGAAAAGAAAAUCAUAUAAAUAUUUAUAAUAACUCUGCCUUAAGGUACUACAUUUAUUUGAUUUGAUUUAAUACAUUUGCACAUAAAAAGUCAUUAGUUUUAAGAUCAUUUAUAACUCCUUUCCUUGUUUUUCUAAUGUAUUAUUCUUACAUACAUACAUACACACAUACGUAUAUACAAACUUUUGUUAAUUACUUAUUAAAAUUUUAUUUAUUUAAAUACGUUAAUUGAAAAUUGGUUAAUUGGCAUCCAUGAAAUUGAAUGAUGAAAACAAAAAGACUGUAGACUAUUUUCGAAAAUUGUAAAAAUUAGAAUGUGUAAAAUUAAGAAACAAACCCAUGAAAUCAAUACCAUUAAACAAAUAAGUAAAUAUUUAGAAUAAAUACAAGAUUAUGAUAAUAUUUAGCUAUAUUUAUCUACUUACAAGAUUUCCGUUUUAUUUUCAUGAAUAAUAAAAUAAAACUCUUAUUAAAUUGAAAUAUAAAA